AUGGCUGCAAACCUAUUGAUAUUAGUGGUGAAUGAAAAAUUAAAGAAGGAAGAUGCUGGAAGAUUAGUAGAUGCAAGCAUGUAUAGAAGUUUGGUUGGAAGUUUGUUUUAUCUUACAACUUCAAGGCCCGAUUUAAUGUUUGCUGCUAGUUUACUCUCAAGAUUCAUGAGUAAACCAAGUCAUUUACAUCUCGAGGCAGUAAAAAGAGUUCUAAGGUAUGUCAUGGGAACCAUUGAGCAUGGAAUCCGAUUUGAGAAAAAUUCUAAACUUGAAGUUAAAGGCUAUUGUGAUAGUGAUUGGGUUGGAAGUGUUGAUGAUAUGAAGAGCACUUCAGGUUAUGUAUUCAACCUUGGUUCAGGUGUGAUCUCUUGGUGCUUAAAGAAACAAGAUACUGUGGCACAAUCUUCAGCUGAAGCUAAGUAUUUAGUAGCUGGUUUGGCUACACAACAAUCACUUUGGUUGAGAAGAAUAUUAGAAGAUAUUGGAGAGAAACAAGAGGGAAGUCUACAACUUCAUUGUGACAACAAAUCAGCUAUUGCCAUGGCAAAGAAUCCUGUUUUUCAUAGCCGGACCAGACACAUUAACAUAAAGUAUCACUUCAUUCGAAGUGUGAUUGAAGAAGGAGAUGUGCAGUUAGAUUUCUGCAAUUCACAAGAGCAACUUGCAUACAUUUUUACUAAAGCACUACCUAGAGGAAAAUUUCAGCAACUUGGAGAAGCAAUGGGAGUUAAAGAGCAACACAUUAAGGGGGAGUGUUAA